AUGUCAAAGAAGGACAAGGUCGAAGAAAGCGGCGAGGACAACUAUGAUAAGCGCAUGGCAGCUGUUUUGCCUUUUGCCAAACCACUUGCAUCUAAGAAGGUGAACAAAAAGGUUCUUAAAACCGUGAAGAAGGCAUCUAAGGCAAAGCAUGUCAAGAGAGGUGUUAAAGAAGUGGUCAAAGCGUUGAGGAAAGGUGAAAAGGGACUCGUUGUAAUUGCAGGGGACAUAUCCCCUGCUGAUGUCAUCUCUCACAUACCUGUUCUUUGUGAGGAUUCGUCUGUUCCAUACAUUUUUAUCCCAUCCAAAGAGGACUUGGGUUCAGCUGGAGCAACCAAGAGACCCACAUCAUGCGUCUUUGUUAUUCCAGGUGGCGGAAAGUCGAAGAAAAACUCCGACAAGGCCGACGAUUACAAAGAUUCUUACGAUGAGCUUGUGAAGGAGAUCACGUCCUUAGAAUAA